CGUAGUAGUACCUACAUUCAUUGUUGCAAGAAUGUUCCAUAGUAACCAUGCUUAUUUUUACGAUAUUUCUUAUAAUUUGCUUUAUGGAAGCAGUCUAACGUAGUAAGACGCUAAAUAUUUGCCCAAGUGUUUCGAUUCCAUCGUAUCGCGUGUCGUACUCACCAUAAACAAACAGAAAUAAGUUCCUAGAAUAUAUUAAAGAGUUGUAAUAAGCUACGUUCAUAAGUCUGGCUUACACUUGCAAGAAUACAUGUUGGAACUAUUAAAUCAUUUAUGUUUGCCAUGAAGUGGAAGGUGAUUUUCUUCUGUGUAUUAUUUACGCAGACAUCUGCGUCAUUUUUUGAUGAAUUUCGAGGAGUUAUGUCUUCAGUAGAAAGCAGCUUCGGGAAACUCCUAAACGACGUGGUUGUGGACGUUCGGGAAACUAUCGGAUGCACAAUUCUAGCAGUGAAACAAGUGUUAGCCUUGGGUGGAAUUUUUCAUGAGUCAUCAGAUUAUGAUACAAGAUGUAGAGGAUUUAAUAAUAAAGAAACAUCAACCUAUGUAGAAGCCAAAAAGGAAGACACAAUUAUUUCAUCUUACGUAUCUAAAACUGAUUCAAAUGAAAAAUCUUUGUCGGAACGAGUAUCAAAAGAAAUUGACGAAUCUGUCAGUAACGUACAUAAUAAAAUGUUGGAUCUUAUUGAUAAAAAUGAUGCUCAUAAAAACAUACUUAAAGCUAAAGCCAAUAUUGUCCACGAAAGUGAUAGACUCCCUGAAAUAACAGCUUUGCUCCGUCGCGAACUAAGCACCAUAUCCGAAGAAGUUAAAAGGGAACUAAGAAAAGUAGAAUCGAAUCCUAACCCUACAGUAGACGGCAUUUGGGGCGACAUUAGAGUACUUCAUGAAUUUGAAUUAAAUCACAAAAAUACUCCUCAAGCCACGGAAAUACAUCACAUCUUAAACGAGAUAUUAAGUGUUUUGCGUGGAGACGAAAUGUCAACACCAAAUACAGUAACCCCUGCCGAUAAAGAAUCAGAUGAUGCAUUUGCAGAAAUCGAGAGCCAGUUUGAAAAAAUGGAAGAAAAAGAAGAAAAACCAAUACAACUUGAAAAGGCUGAAGUUAAAAAAGAUAAUAGCGAUAUCAUAAAAAAUUCCAAGGAUUUUCCUUUAACGUUUAAAGGUGUUGCAAAAAAAAUUAUGGAUGAAACUAGCAAGACGUUCAGAUUUGCCGAUGGAUCUUCACAACAAUAUGAGGUGGUUGUUACGACAACUACAGUAAAACCCAGUAGUACGGAGAAGAAUGUGGAAUAUCCUGAAGAAUUACCAGAUUACCAUCAGUUUUUUCAAUUGGCGCCCAAGGACAGUGCUGCUCACAAAGAAGCUGUCCAAGAGGCCACUUCAUUAAUAGAAAAAAGCAAACAAAACGAUGCCAUUAUGAAAGACUAUUUCAAAAAGGUAGACAAUGUCGGGACUAGUGUCUUCGAUGACCCUGACUUAUUUGGAUUUGCAUAAAAUAAAUCGUUUUCUGUAGGUUGAGUAGGUUAUAUGUUAUAAAUAUAAUAUAACUUUUUAGACUUAUUUUUCGUAAGUCGUAAUUUAUUUUUAGAAUUAUGUGACAAUAUGCCUAGAAAACCAUGACAAUUAGUAAUUAGAUGAUAGUAUUAAAUAAACAACACCAUUAUUGACUGUUUUUUAUUAUAAAAAUAAUUGCCACCAACAAAUACUAAGUUAGGUAUUGGUCGAUCGUCCAUGAACCAGAAAACAUGGAAAAUGAAACAACCUUUCUAUGUAUAACGGUUUUAUUAACAAUAUAAAUAGGUAAUUACAAACUUAUUUCUCUACAAUUGAGCUGCGCUACUCUACCGCGAGCAGUCCAAUGUGCUCAGUACUUAUUUACUAGAAUAAUUUAUUCAUUCACAUUAAGGGUUUUACUAUGCACCAAUACGUUCCCUAGGUAUGCUUGUAUUCGAGUGACUCUUCGAUAUAUUUAUCAUCUUUUAUUUGUUGUGACAUGAAAAGCCUUUACGUUAACUGUUUAUAUACGUUAUUUAUUUUUGUACAAAUAUAUUUAAAAGUGUUUUGUUAAUCUUCUUUCAUUUUAUAUUAAAUACAUUCUCUUCAUUUUCAAUUCCUGUCUGUAGUUUGACACAGAUUUUCCGUGCCCAUGGAAAAUAUAUUUACAUAAACAAUAUAUUUAUAUAUUCAACAUUGUUGAAAUCCAUAACCGAACGUAUGGAUAUAUUUAUUUUCAAGAAAGGAAAUUGUAUUUACACAAGUUAAAAUGAUCAUAACAACAUAAUCAGAUUUAUAUACUAGAUUGGUGAUCCAGUAGCGAAAUAGAUACCCAUUCAUAAAAUUGAGCAAUCAUCACUUAAAGUAAAUCGUUAUGUUGUACUUAUUAUCAUAAGGAUAAUUUUACAUUGGUUUCUUUGUAAAUGUGCAGUAGAUAUUUUAUAUUAUAAAUACAUUGUUAACUUAAUUUUCCGAAGCCAACAAUUCUUUCAAAACUGCUUUGUAAAUUCCAUAAAUGUCGGCGUUACGUUGGUUUCGAUUCCUCUAUGUUUCCUUAUAAAUAAUAAAAUCGAUAUAACUUUAUUUUAGUGUAGUACAUGUUCUAUUCUACGACAAACAUAACUAAGUAAGAAUUGCUUAGAAGAGUCGAGGGAUUUCACCUAAAUGAUAUUACAACGACAAAGUUCUUCAAAAUAGGUGGGAUCUUACAGCUAGAGUCUAUUCUUAAAAAUACUUCUGAUUUCGAUGCCUACUUAAGCGCUAUAAAACAAAACAAUACGCAUCCUUAUUAGAUUAAGCGAGGUGCACAUAGGAGAUUACGUAUAUUGUA